AUGGUGAGGAAGGACGUCCUAUCAUCCCAUCUUUUGAGCCAUUUGGUUUACCAAUUUGAGUGCCGGAAUUGUGGUAGCCGGUACGUUGGUAGGACCCUUCAACACCUGACCGCACGUAUCAAACAGCAUGUACCACUGCAUAUUCCGCCGGAUGCAGCUAAAUCCAAACGGCCGAAGCGUGGCCGACCGCGCAAGAACCCACCCCCUGCGCCAGUGUUGAAAGUCCUUGAGGCAGUUUGUAUCCGUAUUCAUACGCCUGUUUUGUCCGGUGCGCAGGUAGCAAGCGUCACCAAAUCGACAUCCAUCAAGGCCACUGGUUCAUCUGCAUCAAGAUUUAUGAUUCAAUGCAAUAUAACCGGUGAUACGCCCCUCGUUCUUCGUUGGUUCAAGAAUGGCAAAGUCUUGGCAAAUGCAAGUGGACGUGCAGACUUCUCUCCCUACUUGAAUACGUUCAACUUUCCAGAGAGACUAACUGCGACCGACUCGGGAAAUUAUACAUGUGUAGCUGAGAAUAUUUUUGGCAAUAACAGCAGAAGCAUGAUGCUACUGGUUCUAGAUGUUCCCGAGUUUCUGCAGCGCGCCGUGCAACCAAUGAUUGAACCUAACUCGCUUACUUCCAGUUCAGUAACUCUCUUCCUGACGCCACCGUCUUCAGAUGGAAACUCUCCCGUGACGGAGUACGAGGUGACAGCUCAGCCGUACCCUGAGUUCCGGCAGUUUGCCCAGGCAGUGAUGCUGACCACCCCAGUGCUGUCUGCUGAUGUCAGUGGGCUUCGAUCGGGCAUGAAGUACAGCGCUUUCUACCGGGCAAUCAAUGCCGUUGGCUACAGUGCAGCAACUUCUGAGGUGCACUUCAAGACACUAGAAUCUUUGCCGGGUCCUCCUCAAAAUAUGCAAGCUGUGGCCACAUCAUCCGGAGGGAUUACCGUCUCAAUAACUCCGACCCUGCCGUCCAAUGCUCAUGGAGUGGUCACUGGAUAUGUUAUCUCAUAUCAGGCGUCUGUUUGUGCCGUGACUGGUGAAUGUCCCUGCCAUGGAUACAAGUGCUCGCUUUUUGGAGUAGUUCCUCUCAAUGAAGGCUGGUCAUUGUCUCUUGUGGGAUUGCGCUACCUCACCACAUACCAGGUGACAGCGGCAGCCGUCAACAGUGUAGGUGCAGGGCAGAGAGUUACUGCCACCAUCACAACAGGACAAUCACGAAUUGGACCAGUAAGAAAUGCCAGCUUUGUUGCCACAUCGCCAGGAGAGGUUACUCUGCAUUUCAUGGCUCCCAACACAGUUCUCGCCCAUGACAAAAUGACUGGCUAUGAGCUGAAGUACAAAGCCGCUGAAUGCAGUGAACCAGGAGACUGUCCAUGCAGCCUAUACACCUGUUCUUUACAGGGAUCAGCUGACCUCGGUUCAACGGAGUACUCGGUGACUAUCAGAGGACUACGGCACUACACUAAGUAUCGAUUCACUAUUGCCGGUGUGAGUGAGUCUGCUGUUGGCGAGACCGUUACCGUCCACGUCACCACUGCCCAAUACAUCCCCAGUGACAUCACGUCAGUUUGGGUGAAUGUCACAUCCUCUCUUGCCAAAAUAUACUGGAAACAACCAGAAGAGCCAAAUGGUAUUGUUCUCUACUAUCAAUUACAGUACACACUGUUGUUUGGGGACGGUCAGAACUCUACGGCAAGAGGAACGGUCAACGUCAGCGCAGACACUACUGAGUACACCAAUGCGGAGAUGCUAGCGUCCCGUAUCGACAGCAUGCGGAUAGCAGUGCUUGCAGUCAAUGCCAUCGGUUCUGGCCAUCGCUCCGCAGUGAUAGCAUGUCGUAUCAAUGGAGUGUUGGCAGUGGAUACUGUAUGUGCUGCCUCCUCCAACUUUUUAGAACUCGUCGGAACGCAAAGGUUCUUUCUGCCAGCUGGUAUCGUAGGAGGAUCUAUUGUUAUCGUAAUCAUCAUCAUUAUAGCAGUCAAGCUGUGCCGAAGGAGACAUGGAGAGCCAAGGAUGAAAAUUCAGAAGAAAGGACCAAAGGAAGAUCAAUUGCAAGACUAUCGAGUGCCACUUUUCGUGCAGUGUGGACAAGGAAUAGGUUGGAUUCUUUAGAGAGAACUUCCCAAAAGAGAAUAAACAGUUGCAAGUCUCUGAUGUCGAGCGAUACACCUGCUCCAGUGGAUCCUGCGAUGAUACUGCGCAAUGUGGCGGCAUGUG